AAGCCAGCUAAAAUCAUGUCACAAUUUCACAUAUUUUGUGAUUAUUAGAGUUUGCAGGCAGAGAAAAAACAAAGGCAGUAUGAUGCGGUUUCUCGUUUUAUAUUAAGUUCAUAUGGUUUAAUAGAGUUGUUCGCUUUAUGUUUAAUUUACAUUUAGUUAUGGUUUAACUUUUUCGCUACAACAAGCUUCUGGUAGCGACUUUCAAAUAAAUGAAAAGACAUGCAAAAAAAUCUGAUUGACUUUUGCGUCAUAAUUGGUGCAAAUAAAGACACAAAUUUAGAGAAAGUCCCUUGUGAAAACCCUGGUGAAUAUGGUCCAUAUAAACAGAAUGUAUUGGCUGUGCUUUCAGCAAAUGAAGCUUAUUUUCCCGAAUUUUAUAAUAAGAUUGAUGGUCAUCCUUAUUACAAAUCUAAUGAAGUGAUAUGUCCAAAAUUGCACCAUGAUGAUGCAAAGUCAUCAAAUUAUCAAAAUUGUAGUACUGAAGUUCUUUUAUUUACCAAAGAAGUGGCGAGUAAUCUAGUCUCGUUUUGUUUUCCUUCAGGAGGGUAUGGAUAUAAAGUGUCACAACCUGUUCAUGUUUCAUCUUUGGUGCUGACAAAUAUGGGUGGUUCUCGGUCGUAUGCAGUUUAUUUAACUUGCACUCGAGAGUAUAUAGCUAUAUCUGAUUCUUUCUGCGAAAAAAUUUUAUGUACUAAAUCAUCCGAUUCAGAAAAUUUUCCAUUGCAUAUACCUUUAUGUUUUUGUUUAGUUUCAUCUUUUCCUUAUUUUAAUACUAUGAAAGAUUGUCUUUCAACAUUAGUACCAUUUUUAAAAAAAAGUGAAGAAGAACUGUUAAGUGCAGUAAUGAAUCUCGCGUUUUGUUUAUUGACUACUCCAGUACCACCUCCAGGUCCUUUGUCAGUUCAACUAUCUCUUUUUGGAAUAGAACAUAUUGUUCACCCAGCUGAUGAAGCGAUUUUUCGAGUGAUAGAUAUUGACCUUCGACUUCCUUUAUUUAUUUUGAGUGCUGAAGAUGUUGCCAAAAUUAUUGCUUGUUUAUUUACUCAACAAAGUAUUAUAUUUAUGGCUAAAGAAUAUUCUUUACUGACAAUGGUUAUUGAGGCAUUUUUAACAUAUAUUGAUCCCUUCAAAUGGCUAUUUACAUAUAUUCCUGCAUUACCAGCUGCACAUGCUGAUUAUAUUGAAGCACCAGGCAGUUUUAUUAUUGGUUUACACUCUUCAUUACACUCUCAAGUUAAGCAUGUUCGAAAAGAUCCUAAUUCAGGAAUUGUUUUGGUGGAUUUGGAUAAAGGUGUUGUUGAUAUUAGUUCUAACAUUAAUGUUCCCUCAAUGCCAGACUUUGUUAUGCAAACACUUGUUAUGAAACUAAAAAACUGUUCUUUAGUAUUUGAAAUGAGUAUUGUUUCUUCACCAAGUUUAUUUUCAUUUGAAGAAAUUAAAAAACAAAAAAACAGAUUUUUGGACAAAAUUAAUUCUGAUAUUAAAGAAAUAUUUUUUUAUAUGUUAGUUAAUUUGUUUGGAGAUGUAUACAAUUAUAUAAAUGACCAGUUUUUUGACAAGGAUGCAUAUUUGCAAUGUAAACCUGAAGAUGAGAAAGCUUUUUAUAAAGAAGUCAUUAAUUCAGAUUCUUUUUCUAUUUUUAUUGGUGAUCGAAUCAAGCAUAGAGAUUGUAGAGAUUCAUUUUUAUUAUUAAGUGAGCGGCUUCUUUCUCGAAAAACUAGCACACAUUUUCGUAAUAGAUCAUCUGGAACUUAUACAAAGUCUCGCAGCACCAAUCCAACUGAAAACCAGUCUAUUUCAUUAAACUCUGUAACUGAGGAAACAGUUAUAUACAAAAUGCCCACAAAACAUAUUGAAAGUUUAUCAACAGGCAGAUAUUACAAAUGUCAUUACAAACAACUAACUUCUUUACUUCAAGGAUCUAAUAGCCUAUCUAAUUCUCUAAAAGCCAGUUAUCUAUAUUUACGAGGUUUUGCUCAGAUAUUUUCUGGUCUUAAAAUAGAAGGUUUGCGUGAUCUAUAUUCUCUUAACUCAUUGUCUCCAGAUCUCUUUCCUGCUGAGAAUAUUUUUGAGGUUAUUAAUAAUCUUAAUCCUUUCCAGAUUGAACAAAUAAAAAAAGAACCCUUUUAUAAAGAAACAGCAAUUUUAAGAACAAUAUCUGGUAACAGUAUGAAUGCAAGAAUUGAUAUGCAAAUGUUCAGUUCAAGUUUAAAGUUAGAUAAAGAAGAAUUUUUACGGCGAAUGGCAACUUUAAAAAUAACAGAUGAAACUGCUAUGUGGUUAUUCCAAGUGUUAUUGAGUGAGCGCAAAGAAAAUACUGACUGUAUACAGCCUGAUCAGUUUAGUUCAUUUUACAAGAUGUGGACAUAUAUGAUGCAGGAAAGUCGAGAAGUUUCUGGAGUCAAGAUUGAUGUUGCAGAUCGUAUACUAAAAGUUUCUGCAGAAAUUAAUACUAGUAAAGGAAUGGGUCGAAUUGUUCUCACUACAAAACAACUGCUGUUUGUACAACUUGGUGCGAGAGAAUAUUCUGUUGUUGCACAUCUUUGUGAUAUAAAAGAAAUUUCAAAGUAUCAACAGUUUUCAAUAAUUUUUACUGGAAUUCAAGCAUUAAAGAUCAUAAACUCUGACCAAAGCAUUCCUCCAUUUAAUGCCAGUUUAAAAGAAGAUAGAAAUGUAUGGUUUGUUUUGCUUUCCGAAAUGGUUGCUGGUAACAAAGCUUCACUUGCUUUAAGUGAUCCGAUGAUGGUGGAUGAAGCUGCAAACAAUGUUUUUAUUGCACAGGCAUUAUUAGCAAUAGGAUUCCCCUUGUCAAUAGUUGCUGGUGUUUGCAGAUUGUCUAAGCGCAAGAAGGGCGAGAUAGGAAGCUUAUCUGAUGAAACUCGAGAAUCAUUGCAUAUAAGACUAUAUCCCUGUGAAGGGCAACGCGCAACAGUUAUGAGUAUUACCUAUGUCCCUGCAAAUACUGAAUUUUCAAGCACAAUAUGGUGUGGAAUGGGAUCUGGGGUUAUUGUUGUUUAUGAAACUGAAAAAUGGGAACACUUAUUCGAACUCAGAUCAGCCAAAAGUCGUAUAAGUUGUCUUAGAUAUGUUGCUAUAAAUCAAGUUUGGGCUGGAUCAUUUGAUUCAGUCAUUUAUGUUAUUAAUACAGUUACUACCAAGCUUGAACAAAAGCUUCAAAGUCAUUGCAGAUCAGUUUCUGAUAUUGCAGUUGACGACUCUCCGGAUACUUAUUCCCUUAUAUGGAGUUCGGGUUUUGACGGACAAGUCUUUUGCUGGCAUUCUGAAACACGAAAGUGUGUCACUUCUUUUAACUUGAAAGGCGUGCGAACACUAAAUCAGAUCAUACCUACCAACGAUGGUAGGUUGUGGUGCAUUACACUAGACAAAAUAAUUGUAGUCGAUGUAUUAUCUGAUGAAUGCCCAGUUUUGAAAUAUUUGUCUGUACCGAAUAGGACAGAACCAGUGCAUUUUUCUUGUUCCAUGAAGUUUAAUGAUAAAGAAAUAUGGGUUGGAUGUAAGUCAGAGGUGCGAUUAGUAAUUUGGAAUACAAAAACUUUUACAUGUGAGCAAGUUGAAUUAGAAUCGCGUAUUCAAAUCUGCAGUAUGCUUUUUGCUGGAGGAAGUGUUUGGGUAGGCAAUAAAGACGGAAAGAUUUUUGUCAUGUGCCCAAUAACCAAAAAAAUCAUUCUUGAGCUUAACGCGCACACUGACAAUGUUAAAAGCAUUUGCGAGACACGAGAAGGAAAUGUAGUAACUGGUUCUUCUUCUAAAGAUGGCCAACUUUGUGUAUGGAACACAUUACUUGGAUAUGAGGUUAUUGACGGAAAACGGAUAUAUCGAAAAAUGACCGUGUCUAAUUUUAUUUCGACUUUUGAAUUAGUGGAUAAUUUUUUCGAACUUUAAUAUUAUUUUUAUAAAACGUCUGUAUUUUUUUAUUAAACAUUUCGACAACUUUUUUUGUUAUUAAACAACUUUUUGAAAUAUUUUGUUACAUAUUUUUUUACCUUUUAAAUUUUUUUUUAGAUUUUUAAACAGAAUUAGUAUUUGAAAUUUUUUGGAAAUUAAAAUUAUGUAAACUAUAAAUCGAAUUUUAAGCAGAACAUUUUACUAUGAACGUAAAAAUACAGGCUUCAUUCGCUUUGCGCACAUGUUUUCUUACUACUGAAUUUAAUUUAAAUUGGUGAAGAAAAGAGUUUAUUUAAAUAAAUUUAGACAACAAAUUUUGUUACUGUUGUUGUAUCAUUACAUCCUUUUGUUUUUCUGUUGUUAAAUCAAUAUGACAUAAGUGUGAAACAUAAUGUAUGAUGUAAAUAUGAAACAUAUUGACAUGAUAUAGGUAUGAAAUAUAGUUUUUUUUAUUAUUAUUAUUAGAUAUUUAAAUGCUUCAAAAAGUCCUAACGGUCUUAUCACAGAAUACCGCGCAAUAGCGUUUAACUAGGAAGUUCAUGUCUCCUUUGAUGUCACCAAUGUUGCAUACACUCUCAUGUCACCAAUGAUGCAUAUAUGACCAGAGCCAGUUUUAAGCCACGGACCUCUAGUUAUGAAGCCAGAACUCUAACCACUACUAUUUAUUUAUCUUAAGAAGAAAAUCUCCUGGAGCAGAACAUGAGUACAAGUUCUGUCAUUAACAGCUAAGGUUUAUUUUGCUAUUGUUAUUUACAAUAUUAAUGUUUAUUGUUAUAUGCUAACCCUGUUCUAAAAAAACUUUGAUUUUUAUGAAAUACUGUUGAAUCUUCGAAAUUAUUUAUUCGAUUGGCAACUCUGUUGGCGAAAAUGCUCUGUCUUCAAACGCAAUCUUUAACAGUUUCACGACGUAAGUGUUUACGAUGUGAAAUAUAGACAUUUUACAUGGUAAACUUGUUGAACAAUAAAUUAUGGUUGAGCUAGUGAACAUUAUCUUAAUUAUUUUAAACUUUUUAUUGCACAAAAAUAUAUGUGUGAUCUGUUUGGGCUGCAACUGCUAAUAUAGUUUUUCUUGUUAUCUCAGUGUUUCUUGUCUGCUAAUACAGUGUUUCUAAUUAUAGAACUAUAACCGUAGUUUGAUUAUUUCUUUAGGUUAAAUUAUUUAAUGAUUAAAAUUUUGGUUUUAUUGUAUGUGUAUAUAUAUAAUUUUCACUGUUUUAUUAUCUUUAAUGUUUAUUAGUUAUUUAGUAAUUAGUAGUUAAAUUACACGGAAGGGACCCCUCAGCCUAUCAACAGCUAGCUGGGCAAGCAAGUGGGUGAUUACACGAAAGAUGGUGUGCUGUGUUAAUUAUAGUUGUAGUUGAUCAACUUUAGUUUUAAAGCAGUCAACAUUGGUAGCACUGACAACUUCGUUUAGUAGUGCCUUCCAUGGGUAAGCAAAGCGGUUGUUAAAAAAGUUGAAACAAACGAGGCAAUAGUUCUCAAUUUAAGGAUGAAAAUGCUUGCGACAACCGCAGCUUGAUGAAGUGUUAAGAGGAGCAAUGGAGAAUUUAAUGUAUCCUAUUUUGCAAUUAAAGCACUUCAUUUUGUGUGAUAACUUGACAACCCGAUGCUUGAAGAUGCUAAUUAUUUUAUAUUUUUUUUACAAUUAUUACGGUUUAUGAUGUACGGUUUAUUACAAUUAUACGGUUUAUUGCAAUUAUUAUGUAUAGUUAAAAUGUAGUCGGCAUAUUAAAUUAAUUUAUCAAAUUUUAAAAAGUCAUUCUAAGUA